CUGCUGGGGAGAGGUAGGGGGAGAGGUAACGGGGAAGGUCCUACUGGGCAAAAAUCAGAUGCUUAGGAGCUUUCGAGGAUAUUGUGCUACCUCUCUCCCAGCUAUGGCCGCGACAGGCACAAGUCACGAGCUAACGCCGCUCUGUCUAAGCUCAAGUAUUAGUGAAGGCGUUUGCGACCUCCAUUUCCCGCACGCCUGUCGAUUGCGAAGGGAACUUCGCGUCCCAAUUCUCUCGCUCUUGAGAUUGAAAGUUGAUUAGUCAGCAUGCCGAAGCGCGUUCUUUUCGUUUGCAGCCACAAUGCGAAUCGCUCGAUCGCCGCCGAAGCGAUCGCCCGGCAUCUGCGACCGGAGCUCCAAGUCGAAAGUGCAGGCGUGGAUGCAGCAGGGAAGCUGAAUCCGGUCAUGAUCGAGGCCCUUAAGACUCGUGGCUAUCCCACUGACCAUGCACGCUCCAAGGGUAUUGCAGAUGAGACGAUUGGGGGUCUGGAGAACAACUGGGACCUUAUCGUUAUGAUGGGCUGUCUGCCAAACCUGCCAAAGGUGGAUCUGCCGGCGACCACCACUGUAGAGGACUGGGGCCUGCCUGACCCUGCUGCACACCCUGAAUUGAUGGAUUCUGUCAUUGAAAAGAUUGUGGAGAAGGUGAAAGCUAUCUAGAUCAAGUGUAUCAAUCACUGUACAGUUUCAUUGACUGUCAUAUUGGCCUGGAGUGAAGUACUUGAGAGGAACUUCAUUCGCCCAGCAAUGGUAUGGAACAGCAGACAUGACCGGCCCGGAGGGUAGGCCAGCCAACAGCACCAUAAGGCGUU